GUUUUAUACAAAAUGUAAUUGCAACUCAGUAUUUCAUAAACUGUACUAUUGUGAAUACGUUUUCUAUUGAACAAAUAUGGAAGAAAUUAAAAACGUAACCCAUGCUGAUGGCACGGUAAGCGUACAUUUUGGUGGUCAGUCAAUUGAAUUCGAAAGUAUUUGGCUGAGAGAUCAUUGCAGGUGUUCAAAAUGUUAUCGCUCGGAUACAUUCCAAAGAGUGUGGCAUAUAUUGGAAAUACCAGACUCAAACGUUGCUGGGCUAUCUUUUGAUAAGGAUCACAUUUAUGUCACUUGGGAUGACGAUCAUAAAUCUAUUUAUAAAUCUGAUUUCUUAAUACAAUUUCAUUACAAAACAUGGAAAAACAAACUCAGACGUAAGCCCGUAUUAUGGCAUGGAAAAAAAGUUUCCGAGCACGUAGCAAGAGUUUCGUGCAAUGAUUUCCUAAAUACUAAAGAUGGCGCUAGUGCAGUAUUUAAAUCUAUAUUGGAUCAUGGAGUUGCCUUAAUAGAAAAUGUUAAAGCAACAAUGGAGGCCACUGAAGAUAUAUGCAAAGCAUUAGGAGGGGUACAACACACGAUGUUCGGGGGCAUGUGGCUUGUACACACUAAAUUUGAACACGCUGACACCGCCUAUACUAACAUACCACUAGCGGCUCAUACUGAUAAUACUUAUUUCACUGAACCAGCCGGGCUACAGAUUUUUCAAGGACUAGAGCAUACUAAUGGCAGCGGCGGUGAAACGAUAUUGGUUGAUGGUUUUUACGGUGCUCAACGUUUGAAAGAAGAAUAUCCUGAGUAUUAUGAAUUUCUUACGACAUUUGAAGUAGACGCUGAGUAUUUAGAGGACGGCCAUCACCACAGAUAUUCUGCACCAGUUAUUAUCCUUGACGAAAACAAAGAUGUUAAACAAAUAAGGUUUAAUGUUUACGACCGUACUCCAAUGGCUUUCUCUAGCCGUGAGGAAUGUAGAGCUUAUUACCGAGCGCUCAAACAAUUGUCCAAAUAUUACGAAAAUCCCUCGAAUCAAUGGAAGAUAAAACUAACUCCAGGUGUUGUGAUAGCAAUUGACAACUUUCGAGUACUACAUGGUAGAACCAGCUUUACUGGCAACAGAGUGCUUUGUGGUAGUUACGUAGCGAGAUCAGAUUGGUUAGACAAGGCGCGCACAUUACACCUUAUCGAGUAAUUUAAUUAAAUUUUAAA